GGAAGCGCGGACAUUCCGCAGCAAGGAGAGAGGCCCAGUUCUAGCGAUGGAGCAUUAAUCGAGCGUUUAGCUGGACGGAAAACGGGAUAAAGCCAAACAAACGAUAAUUGGAUAAAGGAGAAUAAAGACAAAAGCAGGAGCUUACCUGCGAGCAUGUCUGUGGAAACCGCCCCAGAUGAAGCCAUGAACUCCAGUCCAGCUCCGACUGUGGAGACCCCUGUGGCUCCUUCACCAGCCUCGGACUCUCAAACCCCAAACUUGGAGUACUUGGAGCCCAAUUUGCAGCAGUUAGAUGAACCUGAACCAACUCCUGCACCACCGCCAGGUGGAGUUUCAGGCUUCAAGAUCAUGACUUUUAGGCCCACCAUGGAGGAGUUUCAGGACUUCGCAAAGUACAUUGUGUAUAUGGAAACCCAAGGAGCUCAUCGUGCAGGCUUAGCUAAGGUCAUUCCUCCUAAAGAGUGGAAGCCUAGACGCUCCUACGAUACCAUAGAAGACAUGGUCAUUCCUGCUCCCAUCAUGCAGGUGGUCACGGGUCAGUCGGGACUUUUCACUCAGUAUAACAUCCAGAAGAAGUGCAUGACUGUGGGAGAAUACCGCAAACUGGCCAACAGCAAAAAGUACUGCACUCCUCAACAUAAAGACUUUGAUGAUCUGGAGAGAAAGUACUGGAAGAAUCUGACGUUUGUGUCACCGAUCUAUGGUGCAGAUAUCAGCGGCUCACUAUAUGAUCCUGAUAUAUCGGAGUGGAACAUUGGCCACUUAAACACGCUGCUGGACAUGGUGGAGCAGGAGUGUGGGAUCGUGAUCGAGGGCGUUAACACCCCCUACCUCUACUUUGGCAUGUGGAAGACCACGUUUGCCUGGCACACGGAGGACAUGGACCUCUACAGCAUCAACUACCUGCACUUUGGCCAGCCCAAGUCCUGGUACGCCAUUCCUCCUGAACACGGCAAGAGGCUAGAAAGGCUGGCAAAAGGUUUUUUCCCCGGCAGCUCUCAGGGAUGUGAUGCAUUUCUUCGUCACAAGAUGACCCUUAUCUCUCCCUCCAUCCUGAAGAAGUACAGCAUCCCUUUUGAUCGAAUCACACAGGAAUCGGGUGAGUUCAUGAUCACGUUCCCAUACGGCUACCAUGCAGGGUUCAACCAUGGCUUCAACUGUGCCGAGUCCACCAACUUCGCUACGCUGCGCUGGAUCGACUAUGGAAAAAUGGCCACACAGUGCACGUGUAGGAAGGACAUGGUGAAGAUCUCCAUGGACGUGUUUGUGCGCUGCUUGCAGCCAGAGCGCUAUGAACUAUGGAAGAAGGGCAAGGACACAACCAUCCUGGACCACCAGAAGGCCACCACGCUGACCAGCCCUGAGCUGGAGCACUGGAGGAAGAACAGGGUGACCUUUAGGGAGAAACAGCUCCGCAGAGCUCAGCAGAAAAUAAAGCAGCUACGUCGACUAAAACCCGAGGAGCUGAAGUUGCUGUCUGAUGAGGGAAUCGAGCUGGACAUGGCUGAUUAUCAGAAGCGGUUAGAGGAGAAGGAGGCCCAGAGGAAACAGCAGAAGGAGGAGAAGAUGACCAGAGAGGCCAUGCUCACACUGGAGGCACUGGAAAGAGAGGAACAGGAGGCAGCACUCCGAGAAGAAGCUUCCCAGCAGCCUGAAGCUGAAAAUGAGGAGCAGGCAGACAAGCAAGAGCAAAAGAAAAAGAAGAAGAAGAAAAAGGUAAAACCACCUGAGGAGGGCAGCUUCAUGCAUUACGAGGCUCAGAGUAACGGAGGCACAGCCAUCGGCAGCUCGGAUCCCAGCUUACAGACCAACUCGUACCCAAAAAUGAAGAUGAAGGUGGAGGUGAAGAAGAGUCGGAGGCAUCCGUUCAGCAAACCACCCAUGCGAACACCUACGUUCAUUGUCAAACAGGAAGCUUCCAGUGACGAGGAAAUGUACUCAGGGCUGUCAGUAGGAAGUUCAGUGGAACAGGAAGUGAAGAAGCCAGAUCAGUGUCACUUAUGGCAAACCCUUUCCCCUGACUUCGUGGCAGAGAAGCAGUUUAAUGCUGGCAUGGCGACUCUGGAGCCACACUGUGCUGUCUGUACCAUGUUCUGCCCGUACACACAGCCCCAUAAGGACAUCUCUCCUGGCUCCGAUGUUUCUGUGUCUCGGUGUGGUGAACAAACUCGGCCUCUUGUGCCUGAGAUGUGUUUCAGUGCUGGCAUGGCGAAUACAGAGCUGCUUCCCUCCAGUGCUGAGACAAGCACACUGCUCUCCUGCUCCUGCUGCAACCUGCAGGUCCAUGCCAGUUGCUAUGGCGUUAAGCCCGACACUCCACAAGAAAACUGGAUGUGUUCUCGCUGUUGUGCAGUGGCCUGGACAGCAGCCUGCUGUUUAUGUAAUCUACGAGGAGGCGCUCUAAAGAUGACCACAGACAACAGGUGGGUGCACGUGAUUUGUGCCAUCGCAGUGGCCGAGGCUCGCUUUGUUAACGCUGUUGAGAGAGGCCCAGUCGACGUGUCCGCCAUACCUGACACCAGGAAAAGUCUUAAAUGUGUAUUCUGUCAUAAGACCACGAAGCAGAUCUGUGGGGCUUGUAUUCAGUGUUCGUAUGAGAACUGCUCCACCUCCUUCCACGUAACCUGUGCGCACCUGGCUGGCGUGGUGAUGAAGCCCGCUGACUGGCCGUACGUCGUGUCCGUCACCUGUCACAAGCACAAACAGAGCAACGUGAAGCAGGUGAAGGUGACCUCGCGUGACCUCUCUGUGGGGCAGCAGGCCAUCGGCAGGAGCAGCGAUGGCUGGUUUUAUCGCUGCACCAUCAUCGGCAUCGGCUCACAGACCUACUACGAGGUCAACUUCGAUGAUGGCUCCUACUGCGACAACAUCUAUCCCGAGAACGUGCUGAGUCAUGACUGUUUGCGUAACGGCCCUCCUGAACUUGGUGAGCUGAUGGUCAUAAACACGAUAGACGGACGCGUUCUUAAUGCCUCCUUCGUCAAAGAACAUGUGCACAAAUUUUACCAGGUUGAGUUUCAGGAUGAGACCCAGCUGUUGUUGAAGCAGAGUGAGAUUCACUCCCUCCAUCAAGAGCUGCCUAAGAGAGUGCUGUCUCGUCUGGCGACUGCAAGCACUGAUGACUCUCAGGACAAAGUGGGCGACGAGCCUCAGGCUGCAAAGCGCCCGCGCUUGCCCGUUCCUCCCUCUGCAGCAGCUAUGGAGUCCCUUGAUACCCCUCUUAUGGUCGAGGGGUGCCCCGGUGUCACUCCUUACUCAGGCUUCAGUGUUACCCCCAGCACCAGUGCAAACCCCUGCCUCUCCACCCAGUCAGCACCCAGUUCCACCCCGGUGCCCGCCUCUUCCGCAGACGAGAGCUACACACACAGCUCGAGCUACAUCGCCUACAUGGAGUCUCUGCUCAACUCGGACUUCCCUCCAGAGGACAGCCACCAGGCACAGGGGGCCAUGUAUUAGCGCUACCACACACCCUGUAGAGAACCUACUGCAUGUUUCUGUUUACUCUCUUGCUGUUCUGUUCUCUUUUUUUUUCUUUUUUUUUUUCCUUUUUCUUUUAUUUUUUUCCUUAAAACCCUGACCACUGCAUAUGGUCAGGUAUAUAGGAAGUGUGUGUAUGCGCAUUCUGGGUGUCCUGUGCCACCGUCCCUCAUGCAUUAAAUCCUUUCUGAUCCCUUGUACAUUCUCUCGCUCAUGGAGAGAAAAAUGGACAUGUUUUUUGGACUGAUUAAUGUGCAACACACUUUAUACUGAAUCCUAACAAUCCAGUUUGAUGUAUUUUUCUAAGUUGAGCCACAACACACACACAUGCUCCUGAAUUGGACAGUGCAAAUGGACAGUCUGUUCUUGUAUAGAAUUUUUUUCUCCAUGUUUGGAGGGACGGGUGGUUGAGGGUGUCUGUGGGAUGGGGUAGGAAGGGGUGGGCUUUGGGGUGGAUGACAAAUCGGGGUUUAACUCAAGUAUUUAAACGUCUUUGACACAUAGAUUUAUUAUUUGUAUAAAGCAAAUACGGCGCCGUUAGAUGCUCCGCUCUUUUGCCUGAGAGUCGGUGUAGAGGUGAUGUGUUUAAGAAUUCUUGUUAACGCUUAUAAUCGAUACGUCAUGGUGUAUUUUCAGUGCCGGGUGUCUGGGCUUGUUUUGUAGCAGACUUCGUUAAAAAACAAAAAAACAAAAAAAGGUGUAGACUUGAUUAUGUAUGAGAUUUCCUGUUCACUCUGUCCACUUUUAUUACGAUCACUGUCUCUUUUGCUGUUGUUCACGUUUCUGGUAGAGACUCACCAAUCUCAUAUUUCGAUAUGAUUUUGAUUCUGAUAAGGACUUGACCAAAUUUUUACGUGCUAGCUUCAGACAACCUCAUUAUGCUAAAACCGAUGUCAAUUUUAAAGCACUGUUUUCUGACUAGCGCUUCCUAUCAUGUGAAAGCUACCAACCAGCGAAGGUGAAUCUUGACACGUGCUUAUUCUAUGACAAAAAUAACAGAAUAUCUGUUCAUGCUGCAGCCCAGGGCAGCUUAAUGACCCACUCUGAGGAAAGCGCAACCCGCCCUCUUCUGCAUACGUGAUCUUGUGUCACUGUGAUUGAGAGCACAGCCAAUUUCGUUGUCUUGGUCUCCAAGACACGGCAUCGCUGCGAUUCGUAUUCGUGAUCUCCCGGCAAUAAGGUGAACUUUUUCUGUUGCGCCCCUUGAGAUAGACUUCCAUUACUUAUGGGUUACAUCAGCUUGGUAGCACUGAACACAUUUGAUAUAUUUUUUUUUAACAUAGAAUCUGGAAUUAAAAGCCGUUAUGAAUACAGAGAUAAACGUCGGUGGGCAGUGUAGUAAAUUCAUGGACAAAUCUGACACCAUUCAGGCGUGACGGAUCAUCAGCGUGACGCUGAUCUCUAGGUCCAUUAGUACUUACCAUGUUGGUGAAAAGAAUAGCAGCACAGGUUACCUGUUUUUGUGUAAACUUGCGUAGAUGGAAAAACCCUGUAUACGAUUAGCGUUAAAGUUGUGAUCAGGCUUUCUCAAGGUGCUACAAAAAUCUGAGAGGCCUUUUAUCACACCCAUGUACACACACAUAUGCACGCACGCACACACAUGGUGUACAUACCAUAAGCCCUGUUCAUUAUAAAGUGAAACAUUAUAGACUCCUAUAGUGUCAUAUGCAUUAGGAAGGUCCUACUAUGUCCUAUAUCUUUUUAUACCUCUUUCUGUCUGUCUCUCACUCGGAUGGUGUGUUUGAGUUCCACUCACACACACAUAUACACACACACACACACACACACACACACUCCAUUAGAAGAUGGUGACAGACAGCCUGGCAAGCCAAAGAGUUUCUGACUAAGGCAGUGUUAUGUCGGAAUUUCCCUAACAAACUCUGAGCUGUUUGAGAGAGACUCUUUUCUCCGUUUUCUCUCCCGUUUUUCUCACUGCCUCUUGGGCUUGUUUAGACAAGAAGUCGGUCUAGUUCUAAAACCAGCACCAGGAAAUGUGUCUUAUGAGAUGACCAAUCAGGUGCUAGUGCUACAUCUAGUGAACUCGCUCUCACUGUUGCCCUCACUCUCAUCUAAAUCUGGCAGGAAAUUGCUGCUGGACCCAGUAACAGUGAUGUCAUUGAGUCUGUGUUGGGUUUAAGAGAUUAUUGUUAGGAGAAACAAAUCAGAAGCAUCUCAUUUUCUAUAACUAAUGAACUGAAGGGGAGCUACUUUAUUAAUGCUAAUCAAACUUUGAGCCAUAAAGCCAUGAAAAAAAAGCACUUAUCUGCCAUCUUGACCAGAUCUGUUUAUAAUGAUCUUUCUGUGCACCAUAAAUUACAUUAAUAAAGCCCUAGACAGGCAACAAAGUGGAGUAUGCACUACUGAGGGAACAUAGUCUGAGAAAUACACCAUAGACUUGUUUGCAUUGAGUUUUGACAGCCUUAAGUAUAAAGGACAUAAUAAAUGUACUAUUUUUUUCAGCUUCUACAUACAAUAAAUGAUAUUUCAUUCAUCAAAAUGUUCAAAUAUGGCUGUAUUCCAUUCUGAGCUGCACUUCAUCACAUCCAUGGAGGAUCUGAUAACUUCAGACACUAUGUGCACAAGUUAAAGAGUGACUCUUGUGGCUUUUGUAAAAUAUUAUUUAACAUGAAGAGUUACGUUUAAUUGAUCAACACAGCACUUAAAGGUAGCAUUCUGGAGAAAGGAAGCUCAGACAUGGAGCCCCAACAUGGCAGCCAAGAUAGAUAGAAUGAUGUCAUGAGCUGUCAGCUGUCUAGGGCUGUAAUAUGUAUAUUUAUGGUGUAGACACAGAAGGAUGGUCAAAUUAGUAAAAUGUGAAAGCUUAGUGGUUAAGGUGUUGGACUACUGAUCGAAAGGUUGUGAGUUCUGAACCCAGGUCCACCAAGCUGGGCCCUUGAACAAGGCCCUUAAGUCUCAGUUGCUCAGUUGUCUAAAAAUCUGAAAGCUUGUAAGUUGCCUAAUGCUAGAAAUGCUAAUUAAAUGUAAUUCAUCCAUUUGGCUCAUCAAUUAUUGGAGAAGUGGACUGUUCCUAGUUCCCUAAACCUACACAGAAACGUCCGAGUCGAUGUUCACGUCUCCGUUCUGGAGUCUCUCUCUCAGCUUCAGAGUGGGGAUUUUCUAAGCCUCCAUGUUGCAUUCCUCCAUAUUUAAAUGGCAGCAGGACUGGCUUGGUCUCUGAUGUGAGACAGUCGUUCCACAUCUUCUCUCAUCUCCUGUCGUCUGUAAUCAAACGCACUGUUUGCUCACUCGAUGCCGUCGACUGCUUCACCGAGAUCACAGGAGGUUUUUUGUGGGAAACUUUCUGUUCUCGGGGUUUCACUUCUUCAGUUUGCAAUAACUCUGUAACCUCUCAAAAAGGGCAAGUCAACCCCAGAUCACAAGUUCUGCCGUUCUGCUGUUUGUAGAUGUUCAUGAAUUACAGAAACUAUGGGAUAAAUUCUAUUAAAAUGUGAAGUGAAUCUCUGA